GAUAGAUAGAUAACCUCGAGACGCCACGAAACUUUGGACUAUUUUCACUUACCUGGUCCUUUUUUGUUCUAUCGUCAAUUGAUAUAUUUUGAUUGAUUGAUCGAUUGGUUAGUUGAUUAACUAGCCGGUUUAGUUACAGAGCGAGAAGAGAAGAGAAGAGGUAUUGGGAAUACGGAUAGUGUAGCACAGGACAGGACAGGACAGACAAGAUACAUAGUCGGACGGACGGACGAAAAAGGCAAACUCAAGAUGUUUAAAACUACUCGAUCUGCGGGGGCGCUGGUAUUGAGAGGUUUGUCUUCCCUUCCUUUUCCCUUUCCCUUUCUUUCCUCAUCUUCCUAUGUCCUAUGUUUGCGAACAUAUUGUUGUAUCCUCCUCGUUCGUAUUAGUGGCGACUUCUUCCCUUCCUUCCCUUUCCUUUCCAUCUCAAUCACAUUAUAUCACACCAAACCAUCCCCUCAAAAUAAGCCCCAAAAAACUAACAAAACCCCCACCCACAAACAGCCAAACCCGCCCAUCACUCUCUCCUCCCAACCCGCUUCCUCCAAGCGGGAAUCUCGUCCAGCGCGCCAAAGACGGCAAAAACUCAAGUGCAGGCUUUGGAGACUAGUCAUCCGGAUAAUAGGGGAGGGUUGAAGUUGAGUGUUACGGGGAAGGAGAGGAGGGAGGUGCUACUUCCGAGUCAGGAGGGGAAGAAGGGCGUUAUGCAGUAUGCUUUGUAGGUGCUUGGUUUGUUUGGGGAGGGGCUUGUUUUGGUUUUGUGGGUUUUGGUGGGGAAGGGGUGGGAGAGAGAGAGGGGACGGAGGCGGGGUUGUUUGGAGGGGAGUGAAGGUUGAGGCGGGUUGAGGGGGAGAUGAGGGAAAUGGCGGGUAAAGGGAUUAUAUUGGGGAGGGAGAUACAGUGGCGGGCAUAAGAGAAUGGAAGAGAAAAGCAAGAAGGGGCAAGGUUGCUUCAAGCCUACCCUUUGCUUUGUUCUCGAUCCACGCUCUUCUCGCUGCACUUUGAGUGGCGAUCUGAAAGAAGUAUCGAAACAAAAGCUAACAAUAUACAAAUAGAACCACACUCGAUCAAAUUGCCAACUGGGCACGUCAAGGAUCCCUUUGGCCUAUGACAUUCGGUCUCGCUUGUUGCGCCGUCGAAAUGAUGCAUCUUUCCACCCCACGUUACGAUCAAGAUCGUUUUGGUAUAAUUUUCCGUGCUUCACCUCGUCAAUCUGAUGUUAUGAUUGUAGCCGGUACUCUUACCAACAAGAUGGCUCCUGCUCUUCGACAAGUUUAUGAUCAAAUGCCUGAUCCAAGAUGGGUUAUUAGUAUGGGCUCUUGUGCAAAUGGUGGUGGCUAUUAUCAUUAUAGUUAUAGUGUCACUAGGGGUUGUGAUCGAAUUGUUCCGGUCGAUAUCUAUGUGCCUGGUUGUCCGCCUACGAGUGAGGCACUUAUGUAUGGUAUCUUUCAAUUGCAGAAGAAGAUGAGACAUACAAAGAUUACGAGAAUGUGGUAUAGGAAGUAGAAUGUUGGAAGGGUUGGAGAGAUGUUAUUGGGCUGGGAUUGUUUCAAGGGCGGCUUCGAGGGAGAGCUUCGAGGGAGAGCUUCGCAUUUGGAACAUAUUGCGAUGCAUAGAUGCAUAGAUGGAUAUGUGGAUGACGAUGAAGUAGGUGGGUUCAAGAGUCUGUUUGUACAAAAUGUACAUAGUCUACUGGGAGUUUUCAUCAUAGUCAUUUUUGAAGAAUUGAGAACGGGAAAAAUGCGAUAAAAUACAAUGGAAUAGAA